GUGCGAUAUACCUGAUAGGCAUGUCAACUAUUCAACUAAAUACGCUCCAUUCCAGUUUGCAAAAGAUAAGCUUUGAAAAAAAUACCACUAGUACCUUACAUGUGUACCUAAUAUCGCUCGGUUAGAAUGAAAUUAUUUUAACCAACUAUUAGACAGGAAACAGACCAAGACGAGUAUUCCAUGAUUUAACAGCACUGAACAGAGAAGCAUGGCCAACGUGGACACGAGAAUCAACUCUGUGGAGUCUGUCCUCAAGAACAUUCAACAAACCAUCUCUCAGAUGCAGGAGGACCACAAUGGCAUGAAAGAAAAUAUUGACCGCUUAGGAUCGAUGGCCACACCACACGUCCCAAGCCACCAUGCCGUGCCAACCCCAGUAUAUACGUUUGUACCUGUACCUACACAUGAGUUUGCACUUUCGUUCGUCGCCAGAUUGGUGGAAUAACAGAAGAUUCGGCCCGUAUUGAUGGCUCAAGCGUUGAGGGAUGGGUCUACAGAUGGUAGGUAGUAUUGAAUAGUACGAUGCUGAAUACACGUGGUUGGCCGCAGAGAAUUAUAGUGCUUAGGUAUGGCAUUUUGGCUGCCAAGCCAAGCCAGUAGUUGCAAAUAGCCUUGUUCUCCUUUGGGUGAAUGGAGUUUGCCGUCUUUCAGCAGCUUGCCUUGGAACUUGGUUUCGAAAUGGCUGUGGCACAUGGUCUGCAGAAUGAUCAUAUUGCCAAUAAUACUUUUCAAUCCUAUCGCUGUUUUGAUCUGUUGGCGUGUGCUUGGGGGAAACGGGAAGAUGCUCGAGUAUUAGUUGGUCCAUUGUCUGACCAAGUUAUUGGCCAUGGACAAUGGCAUGGACAAAAUUA